AUGGUGUGCCCAGGCAGAACCCUCAGCAAGCUGCGUUUUGUGAAAACUAAGGCCGCGGAUGCCAACCUGCCAUGGCGCCGGGGACGUCUCGUGCUUCUGGGCCAAGGCCGAGCAGGAAAGUCCUCGACAGUCAGGUCCCUGGUUGGGAAGCCCUUUGACAGCUGCCAGGCUUCCACGGUAGGGGUGGAAACUGCAAGCUGUGAAAUCCAGCGUGGCGACGCUGUGGAUUGGCUCAUGCAGGGCCCAACCUCAGAGACAGAAAGCCUGGUGAAGCAACUGCUUGCAGAUGGGGCCGCCGACAACCCUGGGAAGGCUGACCCCCCUGCUGUGAAGGAGACGGCUCUAGAAGAGACUCUUUCUGAAAAGCCUCAAGAGAAUCUCCUAAGCCAGCUGCCGGUGGAUGAGGUCGCACAGAAGUUGGAUCAGGAGAUGAUCAUGAGUCGGAAGUCUGCCGGUCAGCCGGUAACCUUCUCAACCUGGGAUUUUGGCGGGCAAUCAGUCUUCCACAACCUGCAUCACUUAUUCCUCUCCCGCUGCAGCGUAUAUCUCGUGGUGUUCCAGAUGCCCCACAUACUACGUUCGGAGGCGUCCUGCGAAGAGGCGAUUGCGAUGCUGAGAUACUGGCUCAACUCCUUGGCGAUGCAUGCCAAAGGCGCUCCGGUCUUACUGGUUGGCACCCACAAGGACGACAUGCCUAAGGAGUCGGAUCACAAGAAGAUCAGCGAGAUCCUCUGGGAGAAGCUACAAAGCAGACUCGCCGAACAGGUGCAGCCUUUCGCACAAGAGGGCAGGGAGGGCCUGUGGUUCUUCCCAGUAGACAAUACGCUGAGCGGCACGAGGGUGGAUCCGGUUGUGCAAGAGCUGCAGCAUGCCAUAGAAAGUGCCGCCCACGAAGAUGUUAUGAACUAUUUGGAGAAGCCCAUUCCCGUCAGAUGGAGGGGUGUCCUUGAUGUUUUGUUGGCAAAGACAGAAUCGAUCAUCUCGAUGGAUGAGAUGAGAUCGAUUGCGAAGGCACAGGGGUUGCCAGGGUGGCAGCUGCUGGCCAUGCUCGAGGUCUUUCAUGAACUCGGUGUCCUGUUCCAUUUCUCCACUCCGAUGGAGCUGCGGGAGAUUGUCAUCCUGCAGCCGCAGUGGCUGGUGAGUGGCAUUUGCCAGGUCAUCUUUGACUGGACCUUGCAUGAACAGGAGCACCACAAGCAGCUGAAAAUUGAGAUGAAGUCAGCUUAUGAUGCAUGGAGGUACAAGGGAAUUGUGUCCGGACGAUUGCUGGACCGCCUUUGGGAUUAUGGCUACGAGCAGCCGGCACAGAAGUCUUUCUUACUCCGCUUCAUGGAACAAGUUGCUCUGACAUGUGAGGUAGGGCCGGACACCUUCCUGGUUCCCAGCCUCCUGCCACAAGAGGAUAGGUCGUCCAAGUUAUCAGGUAGCACUCACCGAACUUUUUGGCUGGACUUUUCCCCAUCCUUUCUGCCCGACAACUUGUUCAAGCGGCUCAUCUGCUAUGCCGUGCAGAAGUGCAGCGGCCAGACAGAGCCCAUGCUCUACGAGUCCUUUGCCUUGCUCACUUUCGAGGGCCAUGACUUUGGUAUCACUGCCCACCUGGACCACGAUGUGAUCGACGUUGACGUCUUCUCGACUGCUGCUGGGGGAGCUUGGCUGGUUCUGCACUCAAUCAUCAAUCUCGUCGAACAUCUUCGGCUCGACUUCAUGAAAGAUUUGAAGUACGAAGUCCUGCUGUCGGGCACUGACCGCACGAUCAGGGCGAAGAAGGGGGAAGUCGAGCAAGCAAGAGCGCGAGGGCUUGCCAAGUUUCGUCCGAAAGGAACGACCAGGCUUUUGCGGACCGAGGAGUUCGACCCCUUCUUUUCGGCUGACAUGGCUCAGCCGCCCAGUGUGCUUGUGGACUCCCAGUGGCGGCAGCUGAAGAGCGCGUGGCCCUUCCUGGUCAGGCACGAGCACAAAUUUGGAUCGAGCGAACGCACUGCGCUGUACAAAUACCUGCGAGAUCCUGCGCAGUGGGGCAUAUCCUGGUCGGCACUUGAAAGCAUUGAGCAGGAUGCCAAAAAGACGUUUGGCAGCGACUACCAGACCAAGAGCAUGUGGCAUGUUGUGCAGCACAUUGUGAAGCCAAGCUGUGAAGAGCAUGGAGCCCCCAUUGCCUUGGUCCGGAAUGGUUGGCAAGUGUUGCCGGUGCAGGAUUUCAUUACCCACUGUUGGAGGGAGCCCUUCCACGAGUUCAUGGACUCCUUGCGACAUGCCUAUGACGUCGCGAUUGUCAAGCCCCACCUGUUCAUCUGCGCCUUUUCGCUCUUCCAAGGAAAGAAUGAAGACAUAGCAGAAGCGCUGGGGCAAUCGAUUGCGCAAGCUCCUUUCGUAAAAGCCCUUUCAGCUGCGGAGCGCUAUGUGGUGGUAAGAAACCGCAUGGAGGACUUGUACACCCGGGCAUGGUGUCUAGUUGAGUACAUUUAUGCAAAGAAAUUUGGCUUCUACAAGGACAAGGUCCUUGUCACAGGCCCGAACGAAUUUUCAGAGUCAAGAACAACCUGUACCCAGAUCCGAGCAAGUGAUGAGGAAGAUCGGCUCAAGAUCUUCAAGUUCAUUAUGGAUGAGGGAGGUCCAGCGGUGAUUGAUCCGCAGAUCCACGAGUUCCGUGCGUUUGACGCGCGCUUCGGCGGGGUGCACAUGAGCUGA